AUGCAUCUAACGCCGUUACUCUCGUUCCUCUUCGCGCUGCUUUCCUUCUCCCGUCUCGCGGCUGGCCUCAAGCUCAUCGAGUCCAAGUCCCUCACGCCCUGCACCAACACCGCUACCCAGAACAACGCCGACUUCACCGCAUCCGAGUUCAACAUCGCCUUCACCCCGGAGAACCGCACCCUACGUGUCAACUUCCAUGGCGUCUCCUCCAUCAAGGGCUUCGUCAAUGCCCGCAUCGAGCUCUUCGCCUAUGGCUACCCGGCCCUCGACCAGCGCUUUGAUCCGUGCAAGUCCGGACUCGACCUCCAGGGCCUCUGUCCCAUGACGGCCGGGCCCAUCGACCUCAUGACCGACUUUGUCGACGUCUCAGACGAGGUCAUCAACAAAGUCCCUGGUAUUGCGUAUAAUGUCCCCGAUAUCGACGCCAAGUUCCGGGCCUACAUCUAUGCUGCUGAUUCUGGAUCAACCAUCGCCUGCUUCGAGGGACAGCUCUCCAACGCCAAAACAGUCUACCACAGAACCGUAGGAUGGAUCGUCGCCGUCAUCGCUGGCAUCGGCCUCAUUGCCUCUGCCAUCACCUCGGGUCUCGGCCACUCCAACACAGCCGCCCACGUAGCUGCCAAUGCCCUCUCGCUCUUCAGCUUCCUCCAGGCUCAGGCCAUGAUCGGUCUCACCUCCGUCACCUUGCCGCCUGUCGUCCAGGCUUGGACCCAGAACUUCCAGUGGAGCAUGGGCAUCAUCCACGUCACCUUCAUCCAGAACAUCUGCACCUGGUACCAGCGCGCGACGGGCGGAACCCCAACUAACGUGCUCAACUCUCCCUCCACCACCUCCAUCCAGAUCAAGAAACGCUCAUUGGAGUACAUGCGGAAUGUUGUCUUUACCUAUCCCAAUGGCCUGACCAAGCGUGUCAACAAUGAACCCACCGUCGGAGAAACUAUCAACAACAUCGUCCUGCGUGGCAUCGAUAGAGUAGCCUACCGAGCCAAGAUGGAGACCACAAACGUCUUCAUGACCGGCCUGCUCUUCUUCGUUAUCUUCGUCACCUUUGUCGUGCUCCUCGUUACCGCCUUCAAGGGCUUCUGUGAAAUCGCCGCCAAGAAGGGCUGGAUGAAGAGUGACAAGUUCCAGGACUUUAGGAACGGAUGGAAGAUUGUCAUGCGCGGAAUCCUCUUCAGACUGACCUUGAUUGGCUUCCCUCAAAUGGCAAUUCUCUGUCUCUGGGAGUUCACCCAGGUCGACUCCCCAGCCAUUGUUGUCCUGGCAGUCGUGAUGUUGCUCUCCAUCAUCGGCUCUCUCGGCUGGGCUGCCUUCAAAGUCAUCAACCUCGCAAAGAAGUCCGUCCAGAUGCAUAAGAACCCAGCCUACAUCCUCUACUCUGACCCUUCCGCCCUCAACAAGUGGGGGUUCCUCUACGUCCAGUACCGGGCUACUGCUUACUACUGCGUCGUCCCGCUUCUCGCCUACAUCCUCAUCAAGUCCAUGUUCAUCGGCCUCGCCCAGAAGGCUCCCUACGUCCAGGCCAUCUCCCUCCUCAUCAUCGAACUGGCCGUCCUCGUUGGUGUCUCUAUCCUGCGGCCGUGGAUGGACAAGAAGACAAACAUCUUCAACAUCUCCAUUGCCGCCGUCAACUUCUUCAACGUCAUCCUCCUCCUAUUCUUCAGCGAAAUCUUCAAGCUCCCAGGCCUUGUCGUCGGAGUAAUGGGCGUAGCCUUCUUCGUCAUCAACGCCGUCUUCGCCCUCAUCCUUCUCAUUCUCGUCCUUAUUGCGUCCGGAUACGCCAUUCUCUCCAAGAACCCCGAUACCCGCUACCAACCCAUGCGCGACGACCGCGGCUCUUUCAUCAAAUCCCACACCCAACUCACCACCGAACUCGACGCCCUCGGCGCCACCGGCCCGCGGAGAAGGAAGUUCAAUGA